UGUAUUCUAUCCUUGCAGGUUUUUUGAGGCUCAAAUUGUUCCAUGUGCUAUUUCCUUAUCUGGAUUGCUGUGUAAAUUUCUUCACAGAAAAGGCCCUCGUUUUUGACUUUUUAACUGAUCAAAAUGGAUUCCAAAUUCCUACAAAUUCAUCACCAAACCAUCAAAAUUUCUGACUCUAAAUUUCACUUCCUAAAACCCAAAACCCUGCCUGAAUCAAGAAUUUCAUUCUCAUCUUUAUCCCUGAAAUGUUCCCUAUCUUCCACAAAUCCUCCAACAACAAAAGAAGAAGCUAUUCUCCAAGUAAAAACUUCGCUUUCAUCCACCUUGGAGAAGCCUCUCAACAACCCAAGACUUGCCGGAAAGAUCAAGAAAGUAAAGCAGCCCAGAUUACGGGUUGAAAUUCCGGUCAUUGAUGACUCUCCGGCUUCGCUCACACAGCUUGCUCUUGAAGUGUUUGGUGAAAUGCCCAUUAGAAGAAAAGGCUCAAAGAUCAAGAUUCUUAUCAUAUGGCCAACCCAAAGCCUAACUCAAGCUGCUGCUGUGGCCUUUGAGUCUCAAUCUUCAAACCUUCUUACCGAAAACGUUCUUAUAUCAUCAGUCCUCGAGGAGGAUCCCAGAGUUCUGAAUUCUGCUGAUGUGGUUGUGUUUUUGUCCCCCGAGUCUUCACAAUUAUCAAUCAUGAAGACAGUUACUGACAGUAUUUAUCCAAAGCCGGUAAUAAUUUUCAAUCCUAAAUGGGGUUUUGAAGAGGAGAGUGAUUUUGGUGAACUAAGUGGUUUUGUAUGUACUUUUGAGGUUGUUUAUUCAUUUAUGGGGUUGGAGGUUAAAGGGAUUUUGAGCAAGAGAAAAGGUGUGAUUUUCAAAUGUGUGAAAGAUGGGAUCUUGAGUGGUGAGAAAUGGAAUGUUUUGGUUGAAGAAGAAGAAGAAUUGAAGGUGGUUUCAACCUUUAAAGCGCGGCCAUCAAUCAUUGAAGUCGAGAAUGUUCUUUACAAUUUAAUGGCUAUCAAUUCUCCCAUUACAAAGUCUGCUAAGUUCUUGAAGGAAUUAUUGUCCAAUGUGACAGGGAGGAAAAAGUGAAGAGCCUGAAUCAAUUGUCUCUAAGAUGCUCUUAUAUGGCAUCCCUUGAUGAAUCUGUCCGAGAAGUUGACAUACUUGGUCCAUAGAGGCCGUAGUUGUGAAAAGGCUAUAUCUAGCCAUGGUUUUGCUCGACCAUUGAAGU